UAAAUAUAUAAAUGCUUAAUUAGCAUUUUUGUGAGAUUGAUGAUGACAGUAAGUUGUUGUGAAUUAAUUGUUUAGUUUCUGAUGCUACUUCAUAUGAAGAAUCGAUAUAUAAGAGAUGUAUGACAGCUCCUCCAAGACCAUUAACUGAUUUAGAGGAAUUUAAGAGGUAAAUAAAUAAAAAUAUGGAAAGAUCAGAUGAAUAUGAGGCCCUUGAGAAGGCAUAUAGAAGCUAAAGUUAAUUAAUUUAGAGAGACUAUUAGAAAUAUGAUUUAGAUAAUCCAGAAGGAUAACAUAGUUGUAAAAAAUUUUUGUACCAUCUUGAAAAUAUGUGUAAAGUAUUUGAUAAAUAUAACUCACAGGUGUAUAAAGUGACAGCAGUUUCAAGGGAUUAUCGUGACACAUUUUCAAAAGCAUAUAAAAUACUAUAUACUGAAGGUGAGUUGUGUUAUUUGACAGAAAUUCUCGAUAGUGCUUAAGAAGGUAAAAAAAGAGAUUAAAGAUCUAGGUUUUCCUUAUUUAUGGGUUAAUUCUGAGAAAUAUGCAUUUUCAACAGAAGUUUUGGAAGCAGGAGUACGAUUAGUUGAAGCUUUUUAUAAAGUUCAACAUGUAAUUAGAUAUACAUAUUCUGGGACAGGAUAAGAGAGUCCUGAUUUCUCAUCUUCAAAAUUGAAAGCUGAAAUUCAAUUAUUAUUAGAGAAUUUCGAUAUAAUAUGGGUAAAUUUCGAAAAAGUAUUUUGAAUUUAUAAUAAAAGUAUUAUGUCAAGGAAUUAAUGUAGAUAGAGGCAGAGGCUAGACAAUUUAUACUAAAAGCAAUAGAAAUAGAUAAAGAUAUGAUUUCUAUAGAAGUGCGAGAGAAAUUGAAGGGAAGAAUCCUUGUGACUUCUGAUAGUUAUUUACAAUAAAAAGCUGAAGUAACUCACAUACUGAAGCUAGUUAUGCAAAGUGAUCGCAAAAAUUAAUUCGGUGGCUAAUGUUGAAGGUAAAGGAAGGGAUGACCUUGGUGUUAAUAUCUUACUUGAAGCAGAAGGUAUAACCAGAAGAGUUACUAGAGAGUAAUCUUAAGCAGUUAGAAAUCUUGCUGAUAGCAUCAAAAUCAAGUAGACUAAUUAUAAUAGUUAAGUUUUUAAAAGUUUAGAGAAUAAAUGAGAAGAUAUGAAGUUAAUAUCGAAAUGGUAGAUCCACAAUUAAAAAACAAUUAAGAAUUAGUCGAUUUAUUAGUUGAAUAUGAAACUUAAUGGGAAAAAGGCUUAAAUUAUUUAUUAGAUCCAAAAAGAUACGCAUAAUUAAUGUUAUUCUCUCAUAUUAUUGAAACAUCAGCAGAAAAAUAUUAACAAUUUAAAGAACAACUAGAAUGUAGAGAUAGUGAUAUUUUUGUGGCAAUACCAUGUUUAAUAAUUCUAAAACAUCUUGAAGAUGAAGACCGUAAUAUUUGUCUUUACUUUCUACCUAUGCUUAAUGAUACUACAUCUAAACUUCAUCAAUCGUUUCUUAUCUUAAAAUAGGAAUUCUAAAUUUGGAGAAGAAAACAUUCUAAAUCAUAUGAAUAUUAUAAUAUCAUAGAAAAACUACUCCUAGGGAUCCCAUAAUCAUAGUUCUCUGAAUAGGAAUCCAAUCAAAUCGAAAAGAUUAUGCAAAAAAUUAAAUUUCUUUCAAUCGAACUUUAAAGAUACAAUGCAAUCGAAUGGAAUUCUUUCAUUGAUGCUGCAAUAAACAAUAAUUGA